AUUUACUUAUUCAAAACAUUUUUUCCAAAAACUUAUCGUACAAGAUAAAGUCAUACAACUCCAAAAGUGAACUCCCAAAGAGUAAAGACCCCAUUGUUACCCCUGCUUAGGGAGUUAAGGGUUUUGCACUUAACUCCGUCAAAAAUCUCAGAAUGAAGAAGAAAUUCCGUUCAAAAUUAAAUUCAGAUAGAAUUUCCGACUUACCUGAAGCAAUUAGAUUACAUAUACUUGCAUUUUUGCCUACUAGUGAUGCUGUUAGAACUAGUAUUUUGUCGAGUAGUUGGCGGGAAUCGUGGACCGAACUCCCUGCUUUGAAAUUGAGGGAUUUUGAGCUUAAUAAAUUACUGAGAGUGUCUGAUUUACAUAAAGAUGUUACUGAUAGACUAAAGUGGGAGUCAAUUGUUAGGAAGAGGGAGGAGUUUUAUCGAUUUCUUGAUCGAGCUCUUGAAUCGCGCUUGGAGCUCAAAGAGCUUAGUCUUCAUGUUCCUGGUUACGUGUUGGCGUUGAAGUCUCGUGUAGAUCAUUGGGUUGAUUCUGCUGUUGUACGUGGUGUCCAAGAGUUAGAAUUGAACUUAGGUGUAUGGGACUUUGCUAACUAUAGUUUGCCUAAGAGUGUAUUUGGUGUUAAUUCUUCAAUUGCAAAAUUGAACUUGCUAAGAUGUGAACUGCAUUCGUCGUCUUUGGUAGAUGCCUGGUUACCUUCCCUACGAAAGCUAACUCUUGAUCAUGUCAAUUUGGAUGAGGGAGUUUUUGGGAGUCUACCUGCUAAUUGCCCUAAUAUCGAGGUUUUAGACAUUAUUAGUUGCCACGGGUUUACAAAGUUGGUAAUCUCUGGUCUCAUGAAACUCAUAGAGCUCGAUAUUUAUUCUGGUGGAGAAAGUGAAAUAAUUGAGAUUGAGGCACCCAAUCUGUUGGAGUUCACUUAUACGAAUGAAAAUUAUAUGGAGGAAUGUGAAUUGAAAGUCCUAGCUUGUAAAAAUUUGAGUUAUCUGAUGUUACAUGGUGCUCCAUUGAGUGACAAUGAUUUAAAUCAUUUUCUUGAAAAUCUUCCUGUCCUUGUACGAUUGGAAUUAUUGCACUGCAAUCGUGUAAAACAUGUUCGUGUAUCUAGUGAACACCUUGUCCAUUUGGAGUUUAUCGAUUGCAUACGUCUGCUUAAGGCUGAAAUUGAUAGUCCAAACUUAAAAACCUUUCGUUAUCGGGAAGAUGAAGUUAUAUCCUUUAGGCCCAAGGGUUCGGCUCUCAAGUUGACAGAGGCAAGCAUUUCACUAACACCUUACAUGGCUGCUGACAAGUGGUAUGUUGUACUCGUUAAGUUUCUCAAAAAGCUAUGUCACUGUGAAGUUUUGACACUAGAUAUCUCCUCUGAAGAGAAGGAGCUUAUACUGCCAAAAAAGGUGAGGAUGAAGUAUCAGCCUCCCUUACAUGGAGUCAAGAAAUUGAUUGUGGUGCUUAUGUCAGAACAGCAUAUUCGAGUCAAAUUGGUUGAGACUCUUCUGUGGCUUGCACCUUGCCUAGAGUCUUUAUCUAUAUACAAUGAAUACAUUUCAGAUUGCAAGAUUUUCAAGUUCACAUACGAGAGGCCAGGGAAAGGGAACAUGAAAUGUGGGUGCUGGAAUUCUCUCGCCAUCAACUGUUGGCGGCACGCCCUUACUGAAGUGUCCAUUGAGAAGAAAAAAAGAGAUGAAGAUGAUACAGAACUAGCAAACUUCUUCUCUAAGGCAAGAAUUGAUGGGAAAAUGGUGCGUUUUGUCAAGAAUCCUUGGCCCGAAACGAGCUAAGAUGAGGAUCACAUGUAAUUCCCCAUAUCUUUUUCAAUUUUAUAAAUAUAUUUUAAUGAACUAAAAUGUAUUUUUUUUGAGUAUUUUAUAUUUUGUUUAGAGAAAAUUAUUUAGGUUGGUUAUUUUCAAAGUCAAAGUUAGUGGUGUAAAUUGGUUGGACUGGAUUGGAUUUUGCUAAAUUAAAAUCUAGUCCAAAGUUUUUUUGGACUCAAGAAA